ACAUGCUUGGAGUUGGAGCGCUAUCUACAGAGCGAGCCUUACGUCUCCACAUCCGACCUCAAGUUCGACGGGCAGGAGGACCUCUGGAGCAAGUUAAUCCUGGCCUGCGGGGACAAGGCCAAGGCCGAGUCCGACCCAAAGCUGCCCGCGGCCCACGAGGAGGACAAUCAGGACAGCCAAAUCUUGGACACCAACAGUGUGAAUUCUGACGCCAGCAGCGAAGCUUCAGACAGUUCUGAGGAGCUCUCGCCCACACACAGCUUUACCUCCAACCCUCUGGGCUCCGUGUUGGUUGGCUCUGGACCUUUUAGCCCCUCCAUCAUUAGCACUCCCCCGUCCUCUCCGGAGGCCAACUCGGAGGCCGGCGCCGUGACGAACGGCUGGGUCGCCGCGCACGCCGCGUUGCACUUGCCGGUCAAAAUCAGGAACACCGGGGUGGCAAAGAGCACGGAAAAGACGGGACUCAUCUGCGGGGACGCGUCCCCAGAUGGCAGGAGGCGAGUGCACAGGUGUCACUUCAACGGGUGUCGUAAGGUUUACACGAAGAGCUCCCACCUAAAAGCACACCAGCGCACUCAUACAGGUGAGAAACCGUACAGGUGUUCAUGGGAGGGCUGCGAGUGGCGUUUUGCACGGAGCGACGAGUUGACCAGACACUUCAGGAAGCACACUGGGGCAAAGCCAUUUAAAUGCAGUCACUGUGACAGAUGUUUCUCCAGGUCUGACCAUCUGGCUCUUCACAUGAAGAGGCACAUCUAGAGCGGGGCCGAGCACCAACCAAGCAACGCAGAGAAGGGGAAAGUUUUAAAAGUAAAAAAAAAAAAACAAAUGCCGUCUCCCGACCAGUCUCUUGGUUGAACUGUCCCAGAGCAGAGUGGCGGGAGUGUGUUCCAGCCAAAGCAUGCCGUUUUGCACCAUACUGAAACCCAGUGCCUCCGGGACCUCUCUUUGGAGAAAGGCGCUCUGAAGGUUGUCUGUUGCAACAAGAGGACAAAAUCAUGGAUGGGGAAGAAGAUCUUUUUGAUUGAAAAGGAACUUACAACACACACAAAAAAGAAAAGACAAAAAAAAGAUACACAAACAAAAAGAGUGAAUGAUUUGUAUGUAUGGUGCAUGAUGUUUUGGGGACAUCUCCCGGGCAGCAGAUACACUGGUACUUUACAAAACUGUCUGAGGUAAGCAUGUGUGCACUGUGAAUGUCUGAGAUUGGCUGACUGGCCCCCCUGGAAAGAGAGAAGACAUUUUUUUGGGGGAGAAGAGUUGGAUUGGUGCGGGGCUGGUACCAAUAUUGCUGUGGACUGAAUGGGUUUCUGGAGGAAACAUUCCCACUUGCGUUUCCCCCGGUGGCAGUGUGAGGAUGGGACAGGAUGGAAGUUCCUGUGCCUGUCUGUCUGGCACCCAGACUGUGGGGGGGUUCUCCGAAGCGUUUGAGGCCUUGGGUUUGACCAGCGAGAGAGAAGGGCGAAUGUGUCUUCUGGUCAGUGACCCAGGGACCAAAACUCCACCCCCCCCUCUGGUCACUGUAUGACAGGAGCUUUUUUGGUGUUUUUGGUGCAGCUACUAAAUGUGCAAUGUGUUAUGUAGCCUGGUUUAUUAUUUUUUUACAAGCUACAAAGCUCAUUUGUAGUCCAAUUGUAUAAGCUGUGUGCUUAGAGGUAUAACACAACUAUACUAUAACUUCAGUAUCAUAGACAGGUGUUGCAUGGUUCUAGGGUUUGUUCAUUUCAAGUUUCCACUGUAAUCAGGACUGCAAAUAGUUUCAAUAAAAGUGCAGCUAAAGUGCGAACGGUUAAAUGUUACAAUAUUGUACAUAAAGCCUUGAUGAUUUCCUCUCUUAUUUUUACAACUUCAUGCGUUUCCUUCAUCCUGGUUUCUCAUCUGGCUGGAGAUUUCACCACUGCUUGCUCAUUUUCCCAUUCAUCCUAUGCCUUGAGGAGUAAUUUUGAUUUUUGUACUUUGUUUUCUAUCUAAUAGUGCACUGUUGACCUUAAUGGUGCCUUAUGCAAGUGACUCAGCCCAGUGGCGGCAGCGGUUUUGCUCCCUCGGGGAGUCACAUUUGUUGUAUGGGUGAUUUGACAAGCUUGAUCAAGGCUCAAUUACGAAUGAACUCUUUGUGUUUAAUGGCGGCUGUCCGCGUGUUGUUAAAAUGUUAAUGUACAGAAAAGUACCUUUUUCUCUCUUCUUGUUUUUGAAUCAGAGCACCAGUUUAUCUGAUGCACAUCACAUUCAAUUAAGUCGGAAUGUUUAAACAAAUGCUGUAUGUUUAGAGCACUUAAAUUCAUUUAUUAAAGACGUUAACUACUGUGUAGUAUGUACUCGAGUCCAUCACACACAGCUCUAAGGUACCAGACUACGUUAACAAAAAUGCGGCUUUUAUGUGUCGUUCAUUCAGUGCUGCUCCUUUUCCUCGUAUCCCUCCCCGCCAUCACCGACAACCCAUCCUCUCCUCCCUGUCCCCCUCUGUCCCUCCGUCCCUGCAAGUGGGACUGAAGAAAGACCUAAAGAUUUAUUGUAAUUAACAGGCUGCAGUCGGACAGGCCUCGCCUUGUACUGCCUCUCAGUAAUGAAUUGCUAAAGGCUUUGUUGGCAUGGAAUCUGUCACAGACUGCUGACUGUGUAGGUUGGUUAUUGACCUGUCUGGGGGAGCGUUGUUUUAGCCAAGCUGCAACAGUAUUAUGAAAACCACAGGAGCGAGUGGGGGGGCGGGGGCUGGGGCUCUCGGGAGGAGAUCCAGAUCAAGCACUGACGGUGCACAUGGAAAUUUGUCAAAAGCCCAUGACAGCAUCUCCCUUAAAGGUGAAUGUGCAUCGGCCAUUUGGUUGGCGGUGCAGGAAGAUGGCUACAAAGAGUGGAGGCGAUAAUAAUAGUAGAGAUUAUACUUGCUACUGUUUCGGUAUAAGGUGAUCUAUACCUCCCACUCCAGAUCAGCGACCUUGCUGUAGGAAUUCGAUGUUGCAGCAAGUUGCACGGCGGCAUGCUACGACUUAUGGAUUUCAGAUCAGCGGGUGAAAGAGACAGGAUGAGUACAAACUUGAAACUGCUUGCUGCAAUAGAUCUGGGAGUGCUGGCAGUGCCUUUUGUGGGCAAAAGGAAAGGGAACAUCCAUUCUGUGAAAACGGCAGCCAAUACUGUUCAAGUGGUAAUUGAGCCUUGAUUAGGCACCAUGUUUGCUUGCAUCUUUUACACUUUUAAUCAUCUCUUUCAUCCCACUUUCCCAACUCUUUCUGUCUCACACACACACACACACAGCUGUUUGUUCUCAACUGAAUCUUUGUAUAAAAAGAAAAAAAAACAACUUUUGUAAAAUUGUUAUGUUUAUGCUUUAUGAAAUUUUUAUUUGAAAUUGUUUUGCAAAAUUGUUAUAUUUCUGUAUGAAUGUAUUUUUUAUUGGAAUAAUAAGAAGUUCUUAUCUGACUUUG